UUGUUUAAAAUAAUAAGACAGAAUUAUUACAUGAGUGUCAGCAAAGCUGAAUAUUAAAAUUAUUUCUCCUAAUUCUGAUACAAAUUGGUAACGCUUUUUUCUCUUUUAGUUUUCGAAACAAUGCAUCUGAACCAUGAAAAUAACAAACAUUUUUUCACCUUAAAACCCGCGUUUCUUUUUCAAAUUUUCGCAGCUCUUCGCUUGUCCUCAUUUCGGAUGGCAUGCAAUACGGUUGGUCGUCCCCCGUAAUACCCAUCUUAGAAUCCAACAAUACUCCCGUCAAAAUCAAUGCAGAUGAUUCAGCUUGGCUAGAAACAACGUUCCUAUUAUCAGGACCUCUGGCCUUAGUUGUGACACCAAUUUUAGUGGACAGAAUAGGUCGCCACACCACCGUUUUAUUAAUCUCCUGCAUUUCUAUAAUCGGAUGGGUUCUCAUCGGAGUUGCUACUCGCAUAGAAAUGUUAUACGUCGCCAGAUUUCUACUUGGAGCCCUCUCUGACAUCAUUUACACAACAAUACCCAUGUACAUAUCGGAAAUCGCCGAUAAAGAAAUCAGGGGCCUCCUAAACACAAUCCUGUACGUCAUGAUUUACUCCGGAUUUAUCAUAAUCUACGCUGUAGCGCCCUCGAGCCGCUUCUACGUCCCUUCGAUAGUGUCUGCAGGAAUCUCACUUUUGCAAAUAAUUUUGUUCUGGUUCAUGCCAGAGUCUCCGUAUUUCUUGGCGAAAAAACAACGCUACGACAGUGCACUCAAAUCGCUGAAAAGACUGCGCGUGAAAGACAACUGUGAUACCGAGUUCGAAGAAAUCCUCAACUCCACACAAACAAGCAAAACCCAGAGCAGCAUAAAAGAAGCCAUUUUCAAGAAAAGUACGCGCAAAGCCUUCGCCUGUGUGACCACGCUGGUCAUCGCGCAGCAUUUUUGCGGCUUUAGUGUUAUUGUAAUGAACUUGUUCACGAUUCUCGAAAAAGCUGGCUCAAUAUAUCUGGACUCCAACACGACGCAGAUAUUAUUCGCCUCGCUGAUGUUGGCAGCAACGUGUGCUUCCUGCAACGUGAUUGAUAAAUUUGGCCGAAGGGUUUUGUUAAUUGUGUCCUGUACGUUAACAGGGAUAAAUCUGCUAGGAUUAGCUGUUUAUUUCCAUGCUAAAUUUUUGGGAUUUAGUGUUGCUUAUUUCAGUUGGCUGCCUUUGGUUUGUAUCAUGUUGUAUGCAGUCACUUUUAAUGUUGGACUGGGAUUGGUGCCGAAAAUUUUAAUUUCGGAGUUGUACUCUAUCAGAGUUAAAGCAAUUGGCAUGGCGCUUGCGGGGGGCAUGUUUGAAUUGUUCGGCUCGUUUUCUAUCAUUUUUUACAAGUAUACGAUAAGAGUUUGCGAUGUGUACGUAGUUUUUUACAUUUUUACAAUAAUUACUUUCGCUACUGUUGUCUUUACUGUUCUGGCAAUCCCAGAAACUAAGGGUAAAUCGUUGGAAGAAAUUCAAAUUAUGUUAGAAGGCAGAAAGAGCAAUACUUGAAAAUUUUGUGUAUUAAUAAAACGUUUUUUAUAAUGA